AUGCCAGAAAUUUGGGAAAUUAAGGAUGAGGAUUUCAAUAACCAUGGAUUCAAAAGCCUCUUUACUUUUCAUCUUUUACCUCUAAAUGCAGCGAGAAAAAACUUGCGAGAAGUUUUGCAAAUUUGUGCUAAAAAUUCUAAAAUAAAAGAAUUUCUUAUGGAUGAUGCAAAAUUUCAAAGAUGCGACAGAAUGUUUAUUGAAUUUGACAAAGAAAACAUCAAAAUGCUUGUUCCAAAUGGUAAAAAAGAAGAAAAAACUGGAGAUAAAGAAGUUGGUAAUUUAACAACAAUUCAAGAGACAACAGGAACAACUACAGAACCUACUAAAACAAUUACUACAGAAGCUUCGGGGAUGAAAAGCUCUAUAGUCAUUCUGAUCAUUAUUGUGGUUAUUGUAUUGAUGUUGGUGAUCAUUGGCUUAGUAUAUUACUUCAUACAAAAAGCUACCAAAGAAAAGGUUGAAGUAGCUGUGGAUAAAAAGAAAGAAAUGUCAACAAAUAUUGGAGGAACUUCAGAUGGAACUUCUUCGAAUAAAAAGACUUCGGCAACUUUUGGCAGUCCUCAAACUAAAUUUGGAAGGGGAAAUGUUGGAGACCUAGAAAAGAAGAAAACGCUGGGUUCUGCCUCGGGGGUGACUGGGACUAAAAACUAAAAGUUUCGAAGAAAGGUGAAAGUAAUGAAGAUAAUAUAAUAUUAAUAGUGAUGAUGUAUAUUUUAAAUAUAUUUGUGUAUAUUUGCUUUGAUG